AACUUUAUAAUUAACACCAAAUUUUACUGAGUAAUCACACGACACACCAGCAAGUAAUAAGAAAUCCAUAGCAUGCAGUCAACAGGAAGAGAUGAGUACCACACCUUGCUGCUUGGGCUGGAAUCCCAUUCACGGAUUCCAGACCUGUCGUCAGACGUCAUAGAAGAGUUCUUAGCUCACAAGCCAGUUGCGGCAAGGUGGUGGACUCGUCUCAUUGCUUGGGAGUCACGACUUUUAUGGAUCCUUUCUGGAGCUUCCAUUGUUGUGUCUGUCUUCAACUACAUGCUUAGUUUUGCCACCCUUAUGUUUACUGGUCAUUUAGGUGCUUUGGAGCUUGCUGGUGCUUCUGUUGCUAGUGUUGGCAUUCAAGGCCUUGCGUAUGGUAUCAUGUUGGGAAUGGCCAGUGCUGUACAAACAGUAUGUGGGCAAGCCUAUGGAGCAAAGAAAUACUCGUCAAUGGGGAUAAUAUGCCAAAGGGCAAUCGUACUUCAUCUAGGAGCAGCAAUACUGUUAUCCUUCCUGUACUGGUUUUCAGGCUCUGCCCUCAAAGCCAUGGGUCAAUCGGAGAAGAUAGCAGAGCAAGGACAGAUAUUUGCACGCGGUAUAAUCCUCCAAUUAUACGCCUUUGCUAUAAGCUGUCCUAUGCAGAGAUUUCUUCAAGCACAAAAUAUAGUCAAUCCUUUAGCAUUUAUGUCAGUAGGAGUGUUCUUAUUGCAUAUACUACUCACUUGGUUAGUUGUUGAUGUUUUAGACUAUGGACUUAUUGGAGCAGCUCUUACACUAAGUCUUUCUUGGUGGGUUUUAGUCAUUUUAAAUGCACUUUACAUAGUUUUUAGUCCAAAGUGCAAGGAAACUUGGUGUGGCUUCUCUAUCCAGGCUUUCCAAGGAAUUUGGCCUUAUUUUAAGCUCACAGUUUCUUCUGCUGUCAUGUUAUGUUUGGAGAUUUGGUACAGCCAAGGAUUGGUGCUUAUUUCAGGGCUCUUGUCUAAUCCUACAAUAGCAUUGGACUCUAUUUCUAUAUGCAUGAAUUAUUUGAACUGGGAUAUGCAGUUCAUGUUGGGGCUAGCUGCAGCAGCCAGUGUAAGAGUAAGUAACGAGCUGGGAGCAGCACAUCCAUCCGUGGCAAAAUUCUCGGUUUGGGUAGUGAAUGGGACUAGUAUCCUCAUCAGUAUACUAUUCAGUGCUGUUGUUCUGAUAUUCAGAGUCGGGUUAAGCAAAGCUUUCACCUCUGACUCUGAGGUUAUUGCGGCUGUUUCCAACUUAACGCCCUUGCUUGCCAUCUCCGUUUUCUUGAAUGGCAUCCAGCCGAUCCUCUCUGGGGUGGCAAUAGGGAGCGGAUGGCAAGCUGUUGUGGCAUAUGUAAAUCUAGCAACAUAUUACAUUAUUGGUCUUCCUAUUGGUUGUGUACUGGGUUUCAAGACUAGCCUCGGAGUUGCAGGCAUAUGGUGGGGAAUGAUAAUCGGCGUACUACUACAAACUGUAACUUUGAUUAUUUUGACUGCUCGGACGAACUGGAAUGCAGAGGUUCAGAAUGCGAUUAAGCGUUUACAAAACUCAGCAAAUGAAGAAACAUCAGCUUUGGACUUAACAAACACUGCAUAAAUGUGGCGUUGCAGAUCAAUUCUUGUUUUUAUUUUGUCAUCACAGUUUCAUACUGUAUUCAACAGUGUGGAUUUUGUUAGAAUACUAUAAAAAUCUUCGUAAACUGUUUAACUAUCUAGAAUGUUCGAGAUGUAGAAAUGUAGCUAGUAUUCUACUACGGAAAACUCCAGGUGUUCAAGAGUUUAGAUAUUUGAUUAUGUAAACAAAGAUGUUAAAUUCUGUUGAAAUAUCAUUAUCAACUUGCAUUAA